AUGGCUGCCUUAAUUGUACAUGGUUAUGUCCAAAUAUGGAGCACGAAGACUGGGAUGUCUAGGUCAAAAGAAGCAUUCAUUGAAACAGUGAAAGGAAAGAAGUUGUUUAGACUGGUUCUUUAUUACAACAAUGGAGAACUUAAAACUUUUCAGCUAAGUAAUAAUAUUAAAAAUGUGGUCCUUAGAUCCUAUGGAAAAAAAGGAAAUCAUGUGCAUUUAACUUUCCAAAAUAAUAACUUCAUGUUUAUUGAAAGAUUAUCCUCUACAGAUGCUGAACAGUUGAAGAGACUCCUGGACAGAGUCCAUAAAAACAAGAGUCAACCAUGUGCGAGACCUCAUAAGCAUAAGGGUAUCUUUGCCAGCACAACAACACAGAAGAAAAUCCACCAAACUUCAUUUCACAAAGUUAAUAAGAAAUCAAGAGGUGGAUCUUAUGAGACAGGAAAAGGUAGUGAAACACCUGCUUUUCAGAAGAUACCUGUUUUUACAUCAAAAUCAACGCCUGUUCCCAAAGGGUUAUUAGAGAAUCUACAUAGGAAGAAGAAACAAAUGAUAUUGUCUAGUUCAGAGGUGAAUGAGAACUUCCUGAAAGAAAACUCCCUAAGAAAGAAGAAAUCCAAGACGAAUCCCUCGAAGUCUGUAAGCCACGAUCGGAAGAAACAAUUCAAGUUAAAGAAGUUAAAAGAGAAUAAGAAAUUGGAAUUUAAAUCUUUAUUUAUGACCAACUCUACUGGAAACCCUUACCUAGAUUCCACUGGUCUCCAAACUCUCGCUGAGAAAAUAUUUUUGGCAUUUGUUUUGGAAGCAGAUCAUGAGUAUGGCCUAGAGUGGGAUGAAUUCAGGUUGUCGCUUGGCUUAAACCCAGAUAAACUAUGGCAAGGCCUCCCCAAUUUGGGAAACACCUGUUAUAUGAAUGCAGCUUUACAGUGUCUAUUUUCAAUUCCAUCAUUUGCUGAUGAUUUACUUAACCAGGGUUUCCCAUGGGGUAAAAUGCCCCUCAGUGCUCUUAGCAUGUGCUUGGCACAGCUGCUUAUAUUGAAAGAUAUUUAUAACAUAAAAAUCAAGGAGAAGUUACUUGUGAAUGUUAAAAAAGCCAUCUCAGCAGUUGCAGAGAUAUUCUCUGGCAACGUACAGAAUGAUGCUCAUGAGUUUUUAGGUCAUUGUUUAGAUGAGCUGAAAGAGAACUCAGGAAAAAUAAACACAAUUUUGAAGACUAAAAGUGAAUCUGAGGAAGAAAAUUCACCUCAACAGGUUUGUGCUGGUGAUGCUGCCACUGGAGUGCUUGUUUGUCCUGUCAUCAGUAAUUUUGAGUUUGAGUUGUUGCGCUCUAUUGUUUGUAAAGCUUGUGGUCAGGUUGUUCUCAAGACAGAACUGAGCAAUUAUCUCUCUGUCAACCUUCCCCAAGGGCCGAAAGCACUUCCUUUGUCUAUUCAAUCUACUUUUGAUCUUUUCUUUGAAGCAGAAGAGCUCGAGUAUAAUUGCGAGAAUUGUAAGCACAAGACUUCUGUUGCAGCGCACAAAUUCAGUAGGCUACCCAGAGUCCUUAUUGUUCAUCUGCAACGUUAUAGGUUUAAUGAGUCCUGGUCCUUAAGAAAGGAUGACCAGAAAGUCAUUGUUUCCAAAUAUUUAAAUUUGUCUUCUCAUUGCAACAAAAGCACUAAACCACCUCUUCCCCCGAGCAAGAAAGCACGUAUUAGGGAUUUGCAAGUAUUAAAAUUUUUUCAAAACAUGAAUUCUAGAACCAUCAGCUCAUUAAGACAGUCAAUUAAGUUGACCUUGGAAUCCAAGAAUUCCCUGGCACUACACAUUAGAUCAGACAAGGAGUCAGAACCACAAAAAUACCAGAGAGUCUUUAAAGGGACAAGCAGAAAACAACAGCAAAAAGACCUGGGGGAAAAUUCUAAACUGAAUAUAACACAGUCAAAAUUGUUAUACUCAGGAGAUAAGGCACUCAUUGAAAAAGAGGUAUUAGUUGGCUCAAUGAUGUAUCUAGAAGACACCUCCGUUUCUCUGAUCCACAGAGAUGGAGGUAAAUUCACCCGCAGCACAGACAAACGUGUUGCAAAAGUUCAUCAUCGAGAAGUUCCUGAAAAUCCAAAGCUAAAGAAAUACAAGAAAACCAGUAUGUGUGUAGCCUUUGAUAAGGUCACUAAGCCUACUGAAAAUUUUUAUCAAAAUGAAAAAAUCAGAAUUCCGGAAGGAUCCCGAGAAGUGGCUGAACAGACCCAGCAGUGUUAUGGGAUGAGAAUCUGUGAAAAAGCCUCUCAGCAGGCACUGCCUCAAAGCCUUCCUAAACCAGAUGCCCAGGGACACAAAAAGAACUGCAGAAGACCCAGGAAAUUAAAUCUCCAGGAGGAUAAUGUGAAGUACCAGUGUGCAUUGAGUUCUAAAAAGAACUCUGGAAACAAAGACAUUUUAGAUAAGAAGACAGUGUCUGAAGCCAAGGAACCAAAAAGAAAUGCUGAUAAGGAAGAUCUUCCUACCUAUCGGCUCAUUGGUAUUAUCAACCAUAUUGGUACAACCCCAAAAUCAGGCCAUUAUAUCAGCGAUGCCUAUGACUUUGAGAGGCAGGCCUGGUUCACUUACAAUGAUACGGAGGUGUCAGAUAUCCAAGAGGUCCUGAUGCAGGAGGCGAGGCUUUGUACCGGGUACAUCUUCUUUUACAUGCAUAACGAGAUUUUUGAAGAGCUGUUGAAAAUGGCAGAGAACUCUCAGCUUCAUAGCAAUGAGGCAGGGAAGACCCCUCAGGAGUAA